AUGGGCGCCGGGUCUCGCGUGGGGACCGUGCGUCUCCUCGCCAGCCUCGACGGGGACGUGGCGGGGCUCCGCGGGCUGCAGCUCUCCUUCCUCGAGCUGGACUCCAACAGGGCCGGCUGGCUGCUCGUGUGGAGGCGGCGCGGGGCGCGCGGCGGCCCCACGUGGCAGGUGCAGUUCGACUGCUUCCCCGCCGAGAGCGGCCACCGGGUCCUCGUGUCCCUCCGCACCAUCCCUGACCGCGGCUUGAUCCUCAACCGGAGCCACUUGGUGGCCGCGGAGCUGCCGGGGCCCGUGUUCAGCCACGCGUGGGUGCCCGAGGCGCGCGCCAUCGAGGUGGCCGUGCCCGCCGGCCCUGCGCUGCUCGUGCGGCUGUGCCACCAGCUGGCCCUGGAGUGCGAGGAGCUGCCCCGGCCCUUCCACCAGCAGGUGCGGGUGCCGGGGGGCGGCUGCGCCCUGCUGCGCUACGAGUUCCUGGUGCCCUGCCUGUGCAUCGAGGCCUCCUACGAGCACGGUGACAGCCUGCGCAGCAAGACGUGCCCCUUCCGCGAGCACCCGGCGGCCUCCGGCGCCGAGCUGUGGUCCUCCGUGCGCUUCCACGACUACAGCACCAGCAGCAAGGCCCAGAUGGCCAUGGUGCUGAGCGCGCGCUGCCCGCUGCGCCCGCGCGCCACGCUCUGCUGGAGGGAGGCGCCCGCGGCGCCCUGCCACGACGUCCCCAACGGCACGGCCAGCGAGGAGGAGCAGGCCUACACGCUGGACAAGGUGGACGUGCACCCCCAGCUCUGCUUCAGGUUCUCCUACGGGAACAGCAGCCACGUGGAGUGUCCCCACCGGCCAGAGCGCGCCUGGAACGUGUCGGUGAGCGUGCGGGGGCCGCAGCUGCGCCUGCGCAUCGUGGCCAGCGUGGCGGCGGCCUUCAGCGCCGCGCUGUGCCGGCCGCGCGGCCCGCGCUGCGAGCAGCAGUCGCCCGUCUACACCGUGACGCGGACGGAGGGCGCUGCGCCCGGGGAGCUGGCGCUGCUGCUGCCGGUGCAGGUGCUGGGCAGCUGCGUGCUGGUGUGGCGCUCGGAUGUGCGCUUUGCUCGGAAGCAGCUGCUCUGCCCCGACGUCUCCCGCAGGCACUUCGGGCUGCUGGGGCUGGCGCUCGCCCUGGCGCUGCUGCUUGCCGUGCUGCUGCUGGGCUGCUGCGGCGCGUGGCGCCCGGCUGCCGGUGAGCGCGCCGCGGGGCGCCCGGUGCUGCUGGUCUAUUCUCCCGACUCGGAGCAGCACGUGGGGCUGGUGCUGGCGCUGGCGGAGCUGCUGCGCGCGGCGCUGCGCUGCGACGUGCGCCUCGACGCGUGGGAGGCGGGCGGCGUGGGGCGCCUGGGCGCGCUGCCCUGGCUCUAC